AUGUUCUUGCAGCGCUCUGCCGUGGCCGUUGCGCGCCGCGCCGCGGUCGCCACCCCGUCGCUCCGUCGCAGCAUUGCUACGACUGCUGUGCGCCGUAAGUUUUUAUCCCGACGACUGAGGGUUCGAUGGGGAGAGAGGGGAUAUGUCAAGUCGGAGGAUGACCUUUUCGGUCCCGGUGCUAAGCCUGGAACCGUCCCCACCGACUACGAGCAGUCUACUGGUAUCGAGCGUCUCGAGAUUCUCGGAAAGAUGGAGGGUGUGGACAUUUUCGACAUGCGCCCUCUUGAUGCGUCGCGGAAGGGGACCCUCCAGGACCCCAUCAAGGUCCGUUCCGCCGGCGAGGAACAAUAUGCCGGUUGCACCGGCUACCCGGCUGACUCCCACAACGUUAUCUGGCUUGGUAUGAGCCGCGAGCGCCCGGUUGAGCGUUGCCCCGAGUGUGGCAGCGUUUACAAGAUGGACUACGUCGGCCCGGAGGACGACCACCACCACUCUCACAACCCCCACGGUCUCGAGGAGCCCAAGACCUUUGCCAACUACGUCAAGCCCGAGUAUUGGUAA